AUGGGGCUCAUGACGACAAGCGACCAUGGCCACAAGGAGGACAGUGAGGGCGGCGGCUUCAUGGACAAGCUGAAGAAGCCCUUCCGCGAGCUCGAGGAGAAGCUCGAAGGCACCCAUCUGCACGACGCAAAGGUCCACUUGGUGCACAAGAAGCACCAGAUUGGCAAGCUCGCCAACCUCUUCAACACCAACCACCGCCACGACGAAGAGCACGAAAAGGCCACCGACGAAAAGAGGGCCAAGAUCGCCGAGGAGCACCGCUUCAACUCCUUCUUCCCGGAGCGCGAUGGUAACCUGAUCAAGUGGUACGUCGACGGCCGUGACUACUUCUGGGCCGUCUCCGAGGCCCUCGAGGCCGCCAAGGAGACCAUCUACAUCUGCGAUUGGUGGCUGUCGCCUGAGCUGUUCCUGCGCCGCCCCCCCUACCCCAACCAGGAAUGGAGGCUGGAUCAGGUCCUGAAGCGCCGCGCCGAGGCCGGCGUUCAGAUCUACAUCAUCGUCUACCGCGAGGUCGAGGCCGCCCUGACCUGCAACUCGGCCCACACCAAGCACGCCCUGCAGGCCCUCUGCCCCGAGGGCUCGCCGGGCUACGGCAACAUCAAGAUCAUGCGCCACCCCGACCACAACUUCAUGUCAAACGGCGGCGAUAUGACCUUUUACUGGGCCCACCACGAGAAGUUCAUCGUCAUCGACUACGCCAUGGCCUUCAUCGGAGGCCUGGAUCUCUGCUUCGGCCGUUGGGACAGCCAUACCCACCCCCUGGCCGACGUGCAUCCCGAAGGCGUCCAGAAUGAGGUCUGGCCGGGGCAGGACUUCAACAACAACAGGAUCAUGGACUUCCAGAACGUCCAAGACUGGAAGCAGAACGAGCUUAGCAAGGCCCAGUACGGCCGCAUGCCUUGGCACGACGUGUCCAUGGGCCUCAUCGGGCCGUGCGUCUACGACAUUGCCGAGCACUUUGUGCUGCGCUGGAACUUUGUCAAGCGCGACAAGUACAAGCGCGACGAGCGCUUCGACUGGAUCCAGCUGCGCGGCCGGCUGGCCGACGACGAGGACCUUGUCGGGGUCCAGCGCCCCAAGCACCCCGUGGGCGAGUACAUCACCCACCCGCUCGACGAGCGCAGCCUGCACAACCUCGAGAACAGGGGGACGCUGCACGCCCAGAUCGUGCGCUCCAGCGCCGACUGGUCCAGCGGCAUCCUGACGGACCACUCGAUCCAGAACGCCUACAGCGAGAUCAUCAGCAAGGCCGAGCACUUUGUCUACAUCGAGAACCAGUUCUUCAUCACGGCGACGGGCGAUCAGCAGGCGCCCAUCCACAACACCAUCGGCCGCGCCAUCGUCGACGCCGUGGUCCGGGCCGGCAAGGAGGGCCGCAAGUUCCGCGUCAUCAUUCUCAUCCCCGCCAUCCCCGGCUUCGCCGGCGACCUGCGCGACGACGCCGCGACGGGCACCCGCGCCAUCAUGGACUACCAGUACAAGUCCAUCUGCCGCGGAGAGCACUCCAUCUUUGAGCAGGUCAGGAAGGAGGGCGUCGACCCGCGGAAGCACAUCUUCUUCUUCAACCUGCGCUCCUACGACCGGCUCAACAAGACGCCAUCAGUCGAUAAGCGGGAGAAGGACACUGGCGUCAAGUACGCCGAGGUCCAGCGCGCGCAUGCUGAGGAGGUCAUGGGCUCGGGCAUUCACGGGUCCAACGACCCCACGGAGAAGGAGCGCGACGAGCACAUGGGUGGCAAAGCGGAGCAGACGGGCGCGGGCAGGGAGGCGGCGGCGGCGAGCGCGCUGGACGCGAAGCGGCGGUUCGAGGCCAGCCUCGGCGACAGCGAGCUCAAGGGCGAGUUUUCGGUGGCGCACCACGCCAUGGCCAACUCGGGCAGCAUCGAGGAUGAGCCGUGGGACGACGAGGACCCGGAGACGGAGGUCCGCAACUGGAUCCAGGAGGAGCUGUACAUCCACUCCAAGCUCCUCAUCGUCGACGACCGCAUCGUCGUGUGCGGGUCCAGCAACCUCAACGACCGCAGCCAGCUCGGGUACCACGACAGCGAGCUGAGCAUCGUCAUGGAGGACACGAAGCGCGUGGCCAGCACCAUGGACGGGCAGCCGUACGAGGCCGGGUGGCACGCGACGUCGCUGCGGCGGUACCUGUGGCGCGAGCACCUCGGCCUGCUCCCGGCUCAGGGGCUGGACGGGUCCGAGGACCCCAACGCCCAUCCGCCGGGCCACUCGCCCAACGACGCGUGGGACCGCGACGAGACUUGGAAGUUUGUCGAGGACCCCAUGAGCGACGAUCUGUGGAACAUGUGGACCGAGAACGCCACCAAGAACACGGAGCUGUACAGGCACCUCUUCCACGCCGACCCCGACGACCACAUCAAAACCUUUGAGGACUACGACAGGUACCUGCCCCCCAAGGGCGUAAAGGCCGGCCACAUCUUUGACCAGUUUAUGCCCGCCGCCGAUGCGCGCAAGAAGAUUGACCAGAUCAAGGGCCACCUGGUCUGGUUCCCGCUUGACUUCUUGCGGGACGCCGAGAUGGCUGAGAAGGGACUGCAGGUGAACCAGAUAACGGAGAGCAUCUACACCUAA